UCGUCCGUCUCUCUCCCUCCCACGACAAAUCCAUCGCCCUCUCGCUCCAACUCCAUGUUUUGGUCUUUGACAUUUCACAGCUGGUGGAUCGAAUAUCGACACAGAAACGUAUGUAAACACUAGCUUUCCUCCACUUCAAUGCAACCCGAAGACGUCGAAAUCGAGUUGCCCUCCCCGUGCCUCAACGGCCUGGAUUCCGCCCUCCAGCGGCUGGGGAUGCUGGCCACGAGCGCGGACUCGCGCAGGGAGUACCUGAAGGAGAUCCAGAGGAAGCCCUACUUGAAUAUGGUCCGGAUCAACACCCGGUACGUCAGCAACGUGUCGAUAGGGUUCCGGGUGCGCCCCCUGACGCCCCACGUGCGCUACAAACCGUACGCGAUCCGCGAGAGGCACAGGACGCGCUCCGAGAAUAACGAUAGUGAGAACGAUGCUAGUCUCGUUAAGGCCGUGGUUGACCAAGUGAUCGAGGAUUCCGUCGAUUUGGCCCAGCUGAAGAAGGCCAAGUCGCUGGAAAGUAUCGUGGCGGAGAGCGGCCCCGAGGUAGAUCUGCACAAUAUUAGUUUUCCCGAAUUAGAAGUUGUCUCGAAUUGUAUACAAAAUUUGAAAGUCGUGGAGUGAUUCCGGGCCGCACUCUGCCUACACUGCCUUUUUGCGAUUUUUUUUUCUCCUUCUGUGGGGAGUUGGCCCGAGUGAACUCACUAAGUAGGUUAAGUUCAGCUUUUUCGAUGCACUAACCACAGGAAGAACCAAAGAAUUGUACAAUCUGAUGAGCAUUGGGGACUGAAAUUUACUAGUAUUUGACUAUUUGUAAUUUGUAUAGAAAAUAUUGUAUAAGACGCGUUGAGCAAAUUUAUUCAUUAUUUAUGUUGUCAUUCUCUAAAUAAAGAAUCUUGAAUCAG